AUGGACUUAUUCUUCUCCGAUCUCACCGCAAUUUCACUAUUCCACCGACCAACCUUUCAACAGCGCAUUAAUAGCGAACUCGACCCCGAACAAUCCACUGCUUUAUUUGCUUCCAUUUUCUCGCUGUCUGCUAAGCACCUAUGUAAAGACAGAGAUGACACUCGAAAAGCGGUGCUAAAUCCGUCUAAGUUCUACGAAAUCGCGUCGAAUUUGGUUCACAAGCAGUUGCGAAAUUGUGGUGACAAAUCCCCUCCAUUAUUCCUCCUUCAGGCUUUCAUCAUGACAACAUACUACGAACUGGUCAGUGGUGUUCGCGGAGUCGCAUGGCGGUCACUAGGAGCGGUGAUUAGAAUUGCAUACGAACUUCGACUUCAUCUCGUCGAUCUGCCUCUGAAACUGUCUUCCUCCAAAACUGAUACGGAUCCUGUAGAGCUAUGGAUGGCUAAAGAAGAAAGACGGAGAGCGUGGUGGACUAUUUGGGAAUUUGAAGUCUUUGCGACCACCAUACGCAAGUGUCCACUCGGCAUGGAUCCAGAACAACAUGCUACGCUUCUACCCGUUGACGACAAAUACUGGUUCAAUGGGGAAAAGGCUCCAAGUUGCUUCUUUGAGGCAGAUCCCGUACUUCGAUGGAAGGAACUGAAAAAUAGCGACAAUGAAAGUGGCAGAACCUGGUUCAUAGUCAUCAAUUCUUUCAUGCGAGACGCGCACUCCCUCUCGAAUGCAUCUGUUCCUGUGGGAUCUUUCAGCGAUGAGGAUACUAGAUCUUACGGGGGAAAUCGGUUACCAUUAACCCGGGGAAACGGUCAAGAUUUUGAGAGGGCAUCAAAACUCGCCGUGCUUGACAACUGCGUCUCGUGCUUUAAGCUGUCGCUACCUCAGCAGCUUCGUUAUCGUUCAGAGCAUUUAUUUUCAACUCCAUCAGGUCAGGAUCAAAUUUAUGCGCGACGGAGAGACAGCGUGAAACAAACGAUUCAUGCAAUGAUUCAACUUGCCAAGAUAAUGAUACUUCACAAAGAUUGCUUCCGUAACGACAACCGAGCUGUCGAGAGAGAGGACGACACAAACACAUUCGGCAACACAGCGUCUUCGCCAUGGCCAGGUGAAUCCAACUCACAUCCAAAUUCUGUAUGGUCAAGGUACCUUGAUGCCGCAGAUAAUGUGGUUAGUAUCGUCCGCAACGCGUCGAUGGACCAUAUUCGUUAUGGAGACCCUCUUUUAGUAAACACUUUCUGGAUAAUUGCUGCGAUACAGCUUGUACAAAGAACAUUUGCGAAAACGAAAUCCGAAAAAGUCAUGGCGCAGUCCAGCUUUGAUUUACUGCGCCUGACGUUGAUACAACAUGAGCAAUAUUGGAAUACCUCGCCUUUACUUUUACAGAACUUGGACAAGUUACAAAGCACUCUUAGCAGCAUAAGGGCUCAUGUUGUCUCAAGGUCUUCUGCUAUGAAUCAGCCUAGUGCAGCUCCCCGCUCUCCAGAAGAAGAGUUCAUUCCUCAGGUCGUAAGCAUAACCCGCUUCAACGUGGACAUAGUACUGACAGGUGCUUAG